AUGUCUGAGGGAUUUUGCAAAAACUUCUACAGUAACAAGCUGGAUCACCUUGAAGUGCUCAUAGCAAAGAAAGCCAAGGUGCUUCGAGUUCUAGAACAGAAGCGAGCAGAGCUGAACAGGAGGGUCAGGUUUCUUAGAGAAGAGAUAUCUAUUGUACAGGAGCCCAGUUCCAAUGUUGGAAUAGUUGUGGAAAAAAUGGGAAAGAUGCAAGUCCUGGUGAAAACAAAUCCAGAUGGUAAAUACUUGGUAAAGGUAGAGCAUGGGGUAAACUAUGAUGAUCUUAAACCUGGAGUGAGGGUGGCUCUCCGUAGUGAUUCGUAUGAUGUCCACAGGAUACUUCCCACAAAGGUGGACCCACUUGUAUCGCUUAUGAUGGUUGAGAAGGUUCCAGACUCCACAUAUCAAAUGAUAGGGGGGCUUGACGAGCAAAUCAAGGAGAUCAGGGAGGUCAUUGAGCUUCCGAUAAAGCAUCCAGAGCUAUUUGAGAAUCUCGGGAUUGCACAGCCCAAAGGAGUGCUUUUAUAUGGGCCUCCUGGAACAGGGAAGACUUUGUUGGCGCGAGCUGUAGCACAUCAUACCCAAUGCAAGUUCAUAAGGGUUUCAGGGUCUGAGUUGGUGCAAAAGUACAUUGGAGAGGGAUCGCGGCUAGUAAGAGAGCUUUUUGUUAUGGCCAGAGAGCAUGCACCGUCCAUCAUAUUCAUGGAUGAAAUCGACUCUAUUGGCUCUACGAGAGGAGACUCUAAUAAAGGAAGUGACAGUGAGGUGCAGAGAACCAUGCUUGAGCUCCUGAACCAGCUCGACGGAUUUGAAUCCCACAACAACAUCAAGGUUAUCAUGGCUACUAAUAGAAUCGACAUCCUUGACCCUGCGUUGUUAAGAACUGGCAGAAUUGAUAGGAAGAUCGAGUUCCCCCAGCCAAAAGAGUCUGCAAGGCUUGAGAUCUUGAAAAUCCACUCUAGAAAGAUGAACCUUACCAAGGGAAUUGAUCUCGAGGCCAUAGCAGGAAAGAUGGUUGGAUGCUCUGGGGCCGAGGUUAAGGCUGUAUGCACAGAGGCAGGGAUGUAUGCUUUAAGAGAAAGGAGGGUUCACGUGACACAAGAGGACUUUGAAAUGGCUGUUCAUAAGGUAUUGAAAAAAGCUGGGGACCUUAACUCCGACCUCAGAAAACUUUUGAAAUAA